CUCCUCCCAAUAGACGCUGCCUUUCUUCACCAGCAUCCCGGGUGGGCUGUACCCCUCCAAGAGCAUCAUCGUCUCGGGCACUGUCCUGCCCAGUGCUCAGAGGUAACCCAGUGCUCUCGGGGAGGAGAGACGGCCCAAGGUCCUUAUGGCCAUCCCCCUGGCUCUGGGCCAGGGGCCCAGAGCUCAGUGGGCAGAGGAGGUCCAUGUGAGCUUCCCACCCCCAGGUUCCACAUCAACCUGCGCUCUGGGAGUGACCUCGCCUUCCACCUGAACAUUCGUUUCGAUGAGAACGCCGUGGUCCGCAACACGCAGAUCAACGGCUCUUGGGGGCCUGAGGAGCGAAGCCUGUCAGGAAAAAUGCCCUUCACCCAGGGCCAGAGCUUCUCGGUGUGGAUCCUGUGUGAAGGCCACUGCCUCAAGGUGGCCAUGAAUGGUGGGCACCUGUGUGAAUACCACCACCGCCUGAGGAACCUGCCUGCCAUCAAAUACCUGGAGGUGGGGGGCGACAUCCAGCUGAGCCACUUGCAGACAUAGGCGGGAUCCCUGCCCUGGGGACGGGGCUGGGGCAUGUUGCUGUCCGGACUGCUCAUCACCUCCACCUUCCCCAUCCCUGCCCCAGCCAAGCCCUUCCCAGCCUGCCGAGGAUCUCUGCUGGGGAGACCCCGUCCUUGUCUGGCCCUGCUGAGGCUGCAGCCAGCCUGGAGUGGCGAGGGCAGCUGGCUGGGACUGCCUUCCUCGGUCGGGGCGGGACCUGGGGCUCCAGCAGCCCAAAUCCUACCAUCCGAGGAGAGGGGUGGUCCGUGCAGGCUGAAGCCCCGUGGUCAGUCCCCUCGGCAGAAAGGGAGGUCCUGGGCCUUCCCAAGCGCCCGGCCCAGGCCUACACCCCAUCUGUCCUUCAACGACAUUCCCACCCCA